UAAUACUCGCAAUCCAGGAAGUGUCCGUUUGACAGCAGCCAGCGAAGUUCGUGACUUGUCAGUUUUAUUAUCUCCCAAAUCACUUGAAAGAGUCUGUAAACACUGCAAGAGAAAAAUGAGCUUCAUAGUUAACUUCAUCUACGGUAGCAUUCAACGCUUCGUUGACAUACUCCGGUGGAUCUUUCGCGUAAAGAAAAUACCUGCCAUAACACUUGAGGAUCCCAAUGUGAAGUAUCCACUGCGGCUGGUUGACAAAGAGAUUAUUAGCCAUGACACAAGGAAGUUUCGAUUUGCUCUAAAAUCACCAGAUCAUGUUCUUGGACUCCCCAUAGGCCAACACAUCUAUCUAUCUGCCAAGAUAGAUGGCAACCUUGUGGUGAGGCCCUAUACCCCUGUGUCAAGUGAUGAUGACAAGGGCUUUGUUGAUCUGGUUGUGAAGAUAUACUAUAAAAACAUCCAUCCAAAGUUCCCUGAGGGUGGGAAGAUGUCCCAAUACUUGGAGAGUCUUCGUAUUGGUGACACAAUUGAUUUUAGGGGGCCAAGUGGACUGCUGGUUUACGAAGGCAGAGGAUCAUUUGCAAUCAGGCCUGAUAAGAAAUCACCCCCCGUGAUUAAAACGGCAAAACAUGUUGGCAUGAUCGCUGGUGGCACAGGCAUCACACCUAUGCUUCAAAUAAUCCAAGCUGUCAUGAAAAAUCCGAUGGACAAGACUGUUUGUUACCUACUUUUUGCAAACCAGACAGAAAAAGACAUUCUUCUACGGCCUGAGUUAGAAGAGAUCAUGGCCAAUCACCCGACACGAUUCAAGCUGUGGUUUACCCUUGACAGGGCUCCACAAGGUUGGGGGUACAGCCAAGGCUUUAUCAGUGAGGACAUGGUGAAGGACCACCUUCCUCCACCUGGAGAUGACACACUAAUCCUCAUGUGUGGACCUCCUCCCAUGGUCCAGUUUGCCUGCUACCCCAACCUGGACAAGGUGGGCCAUUCCACUGACAGGCGCUUCACCUUCUAGAAGGGUCUCACCUUUUUCAUCUAAAACCACUUACAGGUUUGCAUGAAAGUGAAGCUUCACUCAAAAUUAUAAUUAUGCUACCACCUGCCAGAUGCACGUAUAGCUCUCAUAUUCCAAAUUCACCUUAACCGGAAAGGUCAAAGGAUCUAAAACAAUGAAAAGAUAUACCUUUACCUUUCUAGUCUAUAUGCUGAAAAUAAAUGCACUUUUCAUACUUGCCAAAAUAAGUUGAAGAAAAUGUGUUUUGGGCCUUAUGCAGACAAAAAGUGUGGCUUACAUAAUUUCAGCAGAUAUCUCUGUAUAUCAUCAUUAAACAUUUACCAAGAUUUUUUUACUUGCCUUUUGUUUAACACAAGCUGGACUGAUUUAUGUUUUGUUUGAGCAUCCAUGGAUAUUGGUGUUGGGUAAUACUUCACAUGUGUGCAAUCACACUGUACCAUGCAUGGACACUAAAGUGAGACCUGGUGUUGCAUAAAUUACAUUAAUUUGUCUAGACAGUGUUCAUUGUACGUUGCUAAAAAAGUUAAAAAAUGGUUAGUUAUAUAUGAGGGUGAAUAAAUUAUAAUAAUUUCUAAACCUGUAUGACUUUAUUUCUUCAGUGGAACACAAAAGGAGAUGUUAGGUGGAAUGUUAGUCUCAGUCACUUUUGAUUUUAUUUAAUUUUUUUUCCAUACAGUGAAACUGAAUGGUGACUGAGAUUGUUAUUCUGCCUAACAUCUCCUUUUGCAUUCCACCGAGGAAAGAAAUGCAUAUGGGUUUGGAACAACAUGAAGGUGAAUAAAUAGUGACUUUAUUAAAAAUAUAUAAAUAAAUGAGAUUUUCUACCUGCUUUUAGUAUUUUGAGUGCCUUACUUCCAUGUACCAUGUUUUAAGGCCUAUUUGCAUGCAUAUGUUUCAGUUGAAGGUGCUUGACUCUAUAAAUGCCGUAUCCAGGCAUUUAUUUUAUUUUAUUAUUAUUACUGGUUUGCAGUUUUAUAUCGUCUAUGUGGCCUAACAAUAUUUCUGCAAUUGUGCAUUGACCAAUAAAAAUCUAUUCUUUA